AGUUAUUGUUAUUAUUUUAGGUAAAGCCACAAAUGGUGAAUUCCGUGGGGGAGUUUAACAAUGUUGUAGACGAUUUAAAAAAGAUAAAGAAACUAAAAGAAGAUGCUCUAAGUUUAUCAAGUUUGCACAGUUUUUUAGAACAAUCAAAACAGUCUCUAUCUUUGCAGUCUUAUUUAACAUCAGCCAAGAAUCUGUUAGAAUUUGAAAGAGUAAGAAACAACAGUAAUUUUGAAGAUCAUGAUAUUACUGUCGUAAAAAGCUUAACUACUGAAUUCAUUGUUACCAAGGAGAAUUUAAUUUAUAAUUUAGAAAAUGCUUGGCAUGAAAAAAUUACUAUUAGCAGUUCCUUAGAAGGUAGAAAAAAGUUCUUAUCUCUAAAAAUUGAUAAAACUGCUAGUUUAGAAAAUAGUUCUGAAAUCUUUAAAGCUUUAAAACUUUUAAAACAAUUGAAACCAGUGUUUAAAGAGUUUGGAAAGCGAUUCAUAAAUUUGAUUUGUCACAAUGUAGCAAGUAACAUAGUUAAGAUAACAGUAUCAGAAGACUCUUCAACCUUAACAGUUGAUGUUAUGAAAGAUCAUGUACCAGAACCUCCGGAAGUUUUUGAAACAUUAAAAGAAAUAUUAAGGUUCCUUUUUAAUGGUAUUUUACAGGCACCAUUGAAUAUGGAUGCUGAAGAAAACUCAUUUACUGCCAUGACUGAGUUUGGGAUGGCUAUUGGGGAUGAAUUUUGCACUUUUGUAAUUGAAAAAUGCUUGAAACCCGCUACUCCAAAACAAAGUAAGCAGAUGGAGGCUUUUCGUCUUGCUGUAUCUGAAGGAGAGAAUUUCUGUAAUUUUCUUUUGCAGUUAGGGUUUCUCUUAAAGGCAGAUAAUAAGCUAAUAGCUUUUAUCUAUGAUGUUGACAUACUGCCAGUUAACAAAAUUGCUCAGGACUUUUUAAGCCGAUCAAGGUCUUGCAUGAAAAAAAAUCUUCACCAAACUAUCACAGUUGGGGUUCCAGAAAGCCCUAAAAUUAGAGAUGUGGAUGACAUGACUGGUACUAAAGAUGGACUAAGCCAGUUCACAUUUUCAUUUCCUCAAUGCAAAAUCAGUGAAUCAAUGAAGGAAUUAGUUAUGUUGCUAUAUGAAGUUAAAGAUGAAGCGAAAAACAUUGAUUCUAUCUAUACUCCAAAGUUAUACUACACUUCAAGGGGGAUAUGUGAAUUAUAUUGCUCGGUUGUACCUAUCUGCCAUAAAGAAGAAAUAGCUAAUAUUCCUCAACAAACUGCCAUUUUUCAUAACAAUUGCAUGUACCUGGCUCAUAAUUUAAGUUUAUUGGGUUCCCUUUAUGAGAACGACUUGCAACAAAACAUUCAACUCACUUAUAUUGAUAUCAUACCGGAAAUAAGAAAAUUGGGAGCUGAAGCAUUUUUGACACAGAUGAGACAACAGAAGCAGCAACUUCUGCAGCUACUGCAAGAACAAGCUUGUGGUAGUAUGCUUAUUGAUGAUGGAGCAGUUAUGAAAGCUGAAAAGGCUAUUCGUCAAUGUCUGUAUCAAUUGCAGUUACUGAAAAAAGUGUGGUCUGAUGUUUUGCCUGUUGAAGUUUAUUUUAAAGCAAUAGGAACUCUGUUAAAUACUUGUUUUGAAGAAAUGAUUAUUCGAAUAUCAUCCAUGGAGGACAUUGCGGCUGAAGCUGCUGCUCAUUUAGAUAGUACUUUUGAUAUUUUAUUAAAGCAAAGCCCAGAUCUAUUCAUGACUUCAUCUUCAGAUAAAAGAAAUUUUGUCCACUUUUAUGUGAAAAGGUGGUUUAAAUUCCAAGAACUUCAACUAAUUUUAAGUGCAAGCAUGAGAGAAAUUGUUGACCGGUGGUCUAGUGGCAAAGGUCCUCUCGCCACCCACUUUACUUCUGAAGAAGUAAAACAUCUAAUUAGAGCCUUAUUCCAAAACACAGAACGCAGAGCAGCAGCACUAGCAAAAAUUAGAUGAAAACUGUCAUGCAAUAGAAUAAUAUUGUCAAAUGUAAAUUUAAAUAUUUUUGUACUUGUUAAUGUAUAUUAUGUACUUUAAUACUAAUAAUAUUUUGUACUUUUGUUAAUGAAUGAAUCAGUGAAUUUUAGCAAAUGAAUGAAUCAGUGAUUUUUAGCAAAUGAAUGAAUAUUAAUAAAGAUCAGUUAUAGCAAAAGUUA